CGACUAAAAGUGAAACAGGAAACAGAUGUGCUCCAACCAAGUGCUGCACUAUCACAACUUCUGUUCACACCAGCUUUCACAACGUUCACAUUCAGACCUUUACCACAGACCACAGGGGAAAUUGUGCAACGUUCACAGGCGGUAACUCAGAAAACUGUGUAUAAAAAGAGUCGCUUGACACAGAUGCAGGUGCCGCUGCCUUCAAAGUGACUACAGUGAGGUUAAUGCUCAGGAGUUCAGCGCACUUGGAAAACAUGAACAGCACCAGCACCAGCUGCCAUGUCGAACACCUCCAGGGUUUGGCUUACACUCCUCUGUUCCUCCUGGGGUUCCUCAUCAACGCGGCAGCUCUGCGCGCCUUCAUCGCCAAGCGGGCCUCCUGGACGGACACCCACAUCUACAUGUUCAACCUGGCUAUAGCUGACUCUGCCCUCGUCCUCUUCCUCCCCUUCAGGAUCUUCGACGCCUACUUCUGCCUGCGAAAGAACCACUUGUGCACUGUCCUCAUCUUCGUUCACUUCAUCAACAUGUACGCCAGCAUCAUGACCACGACCGCCAUCAGUGUCCACCGCUACCUGGCCGUGAGGUUCCCCCUGAAGACCCGAUUGUGGAGGAGGAAGAAGGAGGUAGCUGUUGCCGUGUGCUUGUGUCUUUGGGGACUUCUGGUGACGGUAUCGUUGAUUUUCCGAGAGGAGAACUCCCCGGACAGACUCUGGACGUGUUAUGAAAGACGCAAGGAUCGCCCGCUUGACAUACAGUUUAUCUGGAUUAUGGUCGUCCUCGGCUACCUCACUCCCCUGGUGAUCAUUGUGUUUUGUUCCAGUCACAUCAUCUCUGCUCUGUCAAAGUCGGACGACAAGUCAGAGGAGAAGAGAAGCAUUGUGGGUCUGGUUUCAGCCAACAUGAUCGUGUUCGUCGUCUGCUACACACCGAUCCACAUUGGCUUCCUUGUCAACUACUAUUCCAUUCAACCUCCGAACUGGCGGGAGGUACAUUCGCCUCAACAUAUGUAUUUACUCGUGUGUGAAUGGAUUGCCGCCACAAACUGCUGCUUUGAUUCCGUCAGCUAUUACUUCUUAUUGAAACACUUUUAUUCAUAAGUCAGUGUUAGAAUUAAAGAAGUGCUCCCCAGAAGUAAGAUCCAAAAAUGACUUUUUAUGAUGUCAUCAAGGUCGUCUCUGUUUGGCCUUGAGACUCUUUGGGGAGGAUGAAUGAAAUACACUGUUGAUUUAUGGGAAUUGUAGGAUCAAGUGUUUCUGCAGCUUGAUACAGUCAAGGGUGUACAAUUUAGGAUGUUACAACCUCCGCUGCUUGGAUUUAGACAUUUUUCAUAUUAAUCUUUCUUUUGUGAGAUCCCAAUUUAAUCAUUUAUGCAGCACAAAAACUCUUGGAUGGCCCUUUAAAUUGGCUUUAUGCGAACUCUUUAAUUAGCACCAUGUUUUAAGUGUCUGAUACUCAGUAUUAGUGAAACAUAAAAGCAGAAAAAUCUUAGAUCUAAAAAAAAAAAAGUAAUAUGAGAAUAAGGUAAUAUUCUAUGUGUCAUGUUAGAGCACAAAUAUCAAAGGGUCAUCUUAUCGCCUGCUCUAAAAUGAGGAAUACUGUGCAUCCUAUUAAAUUAGCACAAAUAAUUAAAUAUUUAAUCAUUAGGCAUCACAUAAUCAGGGCUUUGAAGAAAAGAAACUGAAUCUAUGCUGACAGAAGAACUACAUAGACCAGCAGGGAAUUUCCUGUUUUAUGAUGGAGGAAAUGUUUGCUUGUGUUUGACUGUGAGGUUUUCAUCUGUCACAUCUGCGUGAUAAGUAAGAAGUAAUGGAAAUAAUGGUCCAAGGGUUUGGAUCCAGAAGGCAAGCACAGUGAUAUGAUGACUUGAAAUACAUAUGGACCUAAAACUCUGUCAUAAUCGGGCAUUGCUUGUGAUGAUUGUUAUUUUAUAUAUUUGAAUGAUAUGAUUUAUUCUCAGAAAAUGUAAGUUAUGUAUAUUGUAAAAAUUGAGUUUUCCACGUGACAAAGUCCAAGGUUGCUGUAUGAGCUGGUUCCCAUUAUGUGUUUUCCUUGUGGGGACAAAAGAAAGUUCUAAUAACAUAAAUCUGUGACUUUUAA